CAAGCCUGUCUCCACCAAUCGUGUCAUGAACGCGUGUUUACAUAGAUAUGUGAAGCAAACGACAUAACAGCUCACUUUCAGUGUAACUUUAACAGGCGAGAAAGCCUCAAGCGGGUUCAACACUGAGAACCAAGAGGGCCAUAACGCUGCAGACAAAGCCUUUCCAGUCAAGAUCACAACGACCUUGUUGAAGAUGUCGGGGGAGAAUACGACGUUAAUGACGGUGGAAAAUGUCGAGGUUGAUGGAACUGAUACAUUCAGUCCUUUACUGCUUAGUCCGGAUACGUCGAAUCUGUUGUUAAACUCGAAUACUGUGACGUCAGAACGACUCUUUGUGACGUCAUUGCCAGAAAAUAUGACGCAAUCUUUCGAAAUAUUCGACAACAUCACAGAUAUUGACUAUGGACGUUACCUACAGAGUCUAAAUGACAGCUUCGCUAGACUUAUGCUGCCAGCAAUAAGCUACCUCUCAGUGUUAAUGGUCUUUGGAAUCAUAGGAAACAUACUGGUUCUGUACAUCUAUGUAAGGAAGUUGAAACACAACACCACGAGAAGCUUUGUCCUAGCUUUGGCGUCUUUCGACCUCCUCGGCUGCACCGUCGCCAUUCCAGGGGAGAUAAUCGACCUUAUGCAUAACUACACAUUCGGGUCUUACAUCGCCUGUAAUCUUUUGAGAACAGUUAAUUCCUUUUCCUCAUUCGCUUCCGGGUUCACCUUGUUCGUGGUGGCGGUCGACAGGUAUAAAAUGAUUUGUAAUCCACUCGGGAAUCAAAUCUCGACCAAAUCGGCCAAUUUGGUCCUCCUCGGAUGCUGCCUUGUGUCAAUGGGGUUAUCUGCCCCUGCUGCUCUUCUUUACGGUAGCAGAGCAGUACCAACCGGCUACUCGUGGGUAAAUGGGUCGGAUUGUUCAACAAAGGACAGAUUCAUCGGGACGCUAUUUCCUCUCAUAUACAACGGCGUACAGUUCUUGUUCUUCGUCAUCGGCGCGCUCGGCCUAAUGUCUUUAUAUUCCCACAUCGGCAGACGGAUAUGGCGGCACCGGAGGUUCAAGGUCACAGGGCAGGCUCCGUCCUCCUUUUUCAUCCGCUGCAGCGACUCAGGGUCCGAGACCAGUCCAGCGACAGACGACUGUCACGCGACAGGGUUCAUCUCCCCUUCCGGUCACGUCCCCAAUGACGUACCACGUGACCGGAAACAAAACGGAACCAGAAAACCACCGAGGAAGCUCAUCGUGAAGACACGAAAAUGUUCCAGCGUGUCGGGCAUGAGCGGCCCGUCUUCACCGGAAUCACUUUCACCCGAAUCACCAACAUUUCUAGUCAAACCGGAAGUGAACCGUAAAGUGUCACGUGAUCAGAAUUCGACCACUCGCAAGGUGUCAAUGCGCAGAGGAACACUCGAUCGACGUCAAUCUGUUUUACCCAACUUGUCGAAGCGAGAAACAAACGCGCUUCGUACGACGCUCAUGCUGUUCCUAAUCACCCUAAUCUUCAUUCUCAGCUUUCUCCCCCACUUGGUUCUGAUGACAAUAAAAGCUUUGGAUUCGAAAUCUUUGAGCGGAAGUGGUGACCUUGCCGAAGUAGCUUUUAACAUUGGACUUCGGUCGUACUUCAUUAACAGUGUGGCUAAUCCUAUUGUGUACAGUCUGUGUUGUCAAAAGUUCAGAUCUGAACUCGUCAAGAUAUCCAAGUGUGCCUGCGACAGAAAAUAAACAUUUUAAACAUGUUGACGACAUUUCCGAAUGAAUCAUUCAGAUUCCUUCACACACAUACAGGGACAUUUAUUUAUUAUAAUGACACAGUUUAUGUUUUUUUGUGAAUUUUGUAUGUUGUAUAGAUAUGUAGACUAUUCGUGUUGAGCAAUGUGAUAUUCCAUUGUACAGUGAAACCUCGUUAACUCGAGAAGAUAGUUCGUGUUAUCCGUAGUUCGAUACAAAUUUGAUGCUGAUAUGACUGACACCUUAGCGCAGCUUAGAAUUUUGUUAGAGACGACAUAUUUCAGCAGCCAUGGCUUUAUAACAUAUAUUUCUAUUCUCUGAUGGAAAGAACCGACACAAUUAUGUUCGACACACAGUUUGGUUCUGGACAUCUGGUGAGCAAAUGUUAAAUCGCCCCCCUCCCCCCUCCCCCCU